CAAACCCCCCAUAUCCCUGUUUUUAUUUCUUGUUGUGUCACCAGUUCAUGUGCAACCGCGUUCUGAUAAAUUAAUAAUAAUAAUUCACAUUCACCUCUGCAUCACAAUCACAAUGCUCUUCCUCCUCACACCCAUCACUGAUUUUCCAAACAUUCCAAUCUUCAAACGUUGUUGAUUCCUUCCAUUGUUGAUCACUCACACACACACUCUCUCUCUCUCUCUCUCUCUCUCUCUCUCUCUUUCUCUUUCUCUCUCUACCCAAAACCAUUGAUUCGAUCUGAAUCUGUGUACUCUGCUCUCACAAAUCGCAAACCCCCUUUACUCAAUUUCCUCCCUUUUUCACUCCUGUCUGCUUUUGGGUGGGUAAAGUUGUUAUUUUCGUUUCUGGGUAUUCAGCAAAGACAAAGAUGGGUGAGGGAGAACGUUUCCAGCUGGGGACUGUUGGCGCCUUGAGUCUUUCUGUGGUGUCAUCAGUGUCCAUUGUGAUUUGCAAUAAAGCUCUCAUGAGCUCACUCCAUUUCAUUUUUGCUACAACUUUGACAAGCUGGCAUCUGCUUGUCACAUUUUGUUCCCUUCAUGUAGCGCUUAGAAUGAGAUUCUUUGAGCACAAACCUUUUGAGCAGAAAGCUGUAAUGGGAUUCGGGAUUUUAAAUGGAAUCUCAAUUGGUCUUUUAAAUUUGAGCCUGGGGUUCAAUUCUGUUGGCUUCUAUCAAAUGACUAAGCUGGCAAUCAUUCCUUGUACUGUACUGUUGGAGACCAUUUUCCUCGGGAAGAGAUUCAGUAAAAGAAUUCAAUUUGCCCUAUCUACCCUCCUUUUGGGUGUUGGGAUUGCAACUGUCACUGAUUUGCAGCUUAAUGCUCUGGGCUCUUUCUUAUCUUUCUUGGCGGUGAUUACAACAUGUGUUGCUCAGAUUAUGACUAAUACUAUCCAGAAGAAGUAUAAGGUUUCUUCCACCCAGCUUCUGUAUCAAUCAUGUCCAUAUCAAGCAGCAACCCUGUUAAUCUGUGGUCCAUAUCUGGAUAAACUUUUGACAAACCUGAAUGUAUUCGCUUUCAAGUACACAACUCAAGUGACGGCAUUCAUAGUUCUUUCCUGCCUUAUCUCCAUCUCUGUCAAUUUUAGUACAUUUCUUGUUAUUGGAAAGACAUCUCCAGUCACCUAUCAGGUUCUUGGACACCUCAAGACAUGCCUCGUAUUGGCAUUUGGUUAUAUUUUACUCCGCGACCCAUUCAGCUGGAGAAACAUACUGGGUAUUUUGGUAGCCAUGAUUGGAAUGAUUCUAUAUUCUUACUAUUGUUCUCUUGAAAGUCAGCAAAAAGCAGUUGAAGCUGCAGCACAAGCAUCCCAGGCAAGAGAAGCAGAAUCUGAUCCUCUCAUUAGUGUGGAAAAUGGAAGUGGAGUUGCGAGCGACUCAGUUGGACAAAAGUCCACUGUAUGGAGCAAAGACAGAGACUAGUAAGCUUAUGGGAUUUGUUAAAUUAUUGUCAAGAACCGUUAUAGUCCUUAUAGAGGGUGAACACCCAUAAUCCUUAUGGAAUUAGGAAGUGUUGCCAAACGCAAGUGAGCCUCAUUUGUUUUUCUAGGUAGCAUUAUUCUAGUAUUUCAUUAAUCAUUUGCCAACCAGGAACCAGCAGUAGUAGGGAGGGGAACAAUUACAUAUUUACAUGGUCAUGUCGUAAUUCUAUUGGCCACAAAUAUGCCUAAUAGUAACUAACAUUUCAUGGUGAUGUUUUUACAUAAUGUUACAUUUAUAAUUUGAUAUACAUAUUUAAACUUUUUUCUC